AUGUAUGAAUUUUUGCAUGGAACCUCCACCCCAAGCGUGUUCACCUUCCCCGACACCAACCCCCGCCCGGGUUCAACCUUCGCGUGGUGUAAAGAAGAGACAGAGAAAGAGAACGAGAGAGGUCGAGAUGAUCCAGGUGGUGGUGGACGUGGUGGAGGUGGAGGGAAUGGUGGCGUUAAACCCGCUAUGGAAAUAGCAAACCACCGCACCGAAGGCAAAGCGACGUCAGUGAGUCAGCGGCAACAGCAGCAGUAUUUGUCCAACGCAACGCAAAGCACCAACGGUGAUGGUGGCGGAGAACGGCAGGGUCAGCUGACGACGGGUGUCGCAGUAGGGGUAGCAGCAGUACCGACUUCCACGACCAACACUUCCAGCACGAACCUCAAGUACCUGCACAAGAAGUUCAAGCGUAUCGCCAGCGCCACGCUCGCGGAAGAGGAAGAGCAGCAGCAACAACAGCAACUGGCGGUGACGGCGGCUACAAUCACAUCGUCCACGACCACAUCGACAGCAACGAUCACUGGGAACGGGCGACCGGGGCCCGAAGUAGCAGAUGCCGUUGCGUCAGCAGAUCAACCGUUGGUGGUGUCCACAUGCUCAACAAACUCGUUUCCCCCAGCCGGGCCGACGUCGGUACGAUCGUACGAGCUGAGCACCGUCGAGGCGAGCGUAGCAUUAGCAGCGGAGCGAAUCGCUGCAGACCGCUGCGUCGGUGAUGAAUCGUCGCAAAUUGUGGCUGCCGUGUCGACGGGCAGUAGCAGAAGCGGCGUGACGACGGAGGGCAGUGAUCGGGUGCUCUCCGUGCACCAUCACCCCGUCUCGUCCAGCGUACCUGCGGACAAAUUUGGUCCACCGCCACCACUGACGGCUGAUAGGGGAGCGGCUCUUAUCGGUAUCACUGCCGCGUUCGAUUAUCACCAGCAACAACAGCAACAAUAUCAUCAACUCCAUCCAUCGCUGCAUCCUGGAGUGGCUGCCAUUGCUUCGUUCCCUCCCCAGUCGCUACUCGUGCAUCCGCACCAUCCGCUGCUCUUUGGCCAUCAUUCUCAGGGGCCAUCUUCGGCGCAGCAACAACAACUCCGCCAUCCUACCAGUGCAAACAGUGCAAACGACAACAUCAGAAACAGCAGUAGUAAUAGUAAUAGUGUUAGCAGUAACAUUAGCCUCCACAGUGGUAGUAACCUCAGUGCUAACGGUGCCGUGUUGCUGCCGCCAGUGGCGCGCGUACCAUCGUCCGGGUCGGCGACGUCCCAAAUUGACGAUAACUGUGAUUUAGGUGUCGCAUCGAUAGCUGCGUUGACGAAUCGUGCCGUCGACAAACCUACCGCGGUCCAGUACGUUGUGAGCUAUCCAGCGUCCCAGCACCAUCCGCAUCCGUCUGCGCUGCUGUACGCUAACGGUGGCGUCCCAACGGUGGCGGUUCGAUCGCAACACCCCGGCCUAUCUUCGUCUUCCGGUGGUUCUUCGGGUUCUCCGUCCCCACCAACGGGGGUGCCCAAUGCCAAUCUAAGCACCAAUACCAUCACCAACAACGGCAACGCGACCAUUAUCAGUACCAACCACGUAUCGGCGACAGUGGUCGCGAACAGCAGUGGACCGUCAGCCGUCACCGUGACACCUACGGGCCGGUACGUCUGUCCGUACUGUCAGAUGAACUGUAGCAAACCGUCGGUGCUGGAGAAACACAUCCGACGCCACACGAACGAACGACCGUUCAAGUGCGACCUGUGCGAGAUCGCCUUCAAGACCAAGAGCAAUCUCUACAAACAUCGCCGCUCCCGUGCGCACGCAUCCAAAAGCCAAGGAGAAGAUACCUCCGGGUUGUCCCUGCUGGACGAGGACGGCGGUUCUCUUGGAGGGUCCGAUAUAGACGAUAAGGAGCUUAGUAACAGCGGAUCGGAAAUAAUGAACUAUCGAGGAUCACCGAUGGAUGAUCGCGUAAACUCGCCCCAGCAGCUGCUGAUGGAGAAACCCUAUAAACCUAAAUUCCACAAUGCUGCUUUGUAUACCCGGUUUGAUAACAAACCUCACAUAGGAUUGAUCGGAGGAAGCACUUCUGGAGCUCAGCAACCCGCGGGACCAUCGGUUAUUGGCGGAUCGUCUAACAGCGUAACUCCGACGGUACCUCACUAUUUGAACGGUCAAAAUGUGGAAUCACUCGAGCAGCACAUCUCGAAGCUGAUCUCGCAAAAUGAAGCCAUCGUCGAGGUGGUGGAGGCGCCGCUACAGAAAAAGUACCACAAAAUAACCGGAAUCAGUCGCGGCAUUUCAGUGAGUGGUUCAAGCACAGCCGCUACAUCGAGUAACUCCGUUUCGGCGAACUACAAUACCAGUGCUGGUGUUGGUGGUCUGCAGCAUACGGCUGUUAGUCAGGACAGUGCGCCUUCUCGUUUAGCAAAUGCACUGCUCCACAAGCGGCAAACCGAAGAGAUGCAGCAAUUGCAAUUCCAGCAACAGCAACAGCAGCUUCACCAACAGCAGCAGCAGCAGCAGCAGCACUUAUUACAACAGCAACAUCAACAGCAUCAAUACAUAAGUUAUGUGCAUCAGCAUCAGCAGCAGGCACAGCCAAAUGUGAUAAAUUUAAACAGUAAACCGGUAGUGACGCCGAAGUCGAUGGUUGCCUUACAGCAACAGCAAAUGGUUCCGGCACCCGGGUCAAUGAUUGCACUGGGUGGUAUUCCUCCAGUGAUGGGAAGUCAUCUACAGCAAUCCCACCAUCUAUCGAAUGGACCGGAGAGCGUUGUUGUGCCAAGCGGUAGCAAUAGUUCCUCAAUGGGAGACGGAGCGAUCCAUUUUCAACCGUUGAAUCUUACCAAAGCAAACACAGCUGAAUCUGUGCAGGUCAUCGCUAGAGCUUCGGUUCCCACACCUACUCCCACUAUUUCUUCGUCAUUGCUGGUAGCGGUCCCGGCACCCACACCACCGGAAGAAUCGCCAGAAGGGAUCCAACAGCACCAUCCCUUGCCUCCAUACCGAAAACGCACACGUGAACCAUCGCCAGUGGUGAUUGUUGCGAGCAGUUCUUCUACCUCUGGAUCACUGUUGUCGUUAACCACCGCUUGCACUACUACCGCGACUUCAAUAGCCGCUGUAAGCACAGUUGCAUCCCAGCCACCUCAUGUGCCGUUGCACAUUCAAGUAUCGACACUACCAUCCACUCAGAUAACCUCAGCGGAUCGACCACACCGACCGACACCUACACCAACUCCUCCACUAACCGUUGCCAACCAUCCACAAAAUCCGGAACGCUCGAUCAUCAAGGAUCUACUGUUGAACUCACGUGGUUUCGGCGUAGUGCAGAAUCCGGAUGGUGAGAAUGGUGAAAAUCUGUACACGUGCAAAAUGUGCAACGUAUCGUUCCGCGACGUGGAUUCGCUCAAGUAUCAUAUGAUCCGUUACUGUCAGGGCGGCGGCAGUUCACUAAACAGUCCUUCGGCAUCGUCUAGCGCACCGAUCAGCCCGGUUGGUUCACCGUCGGCUGCAUCCUACAUUCGUUCGAGGUCCGUAAGCAGCUUGAAAAAUCUAGCCCGUUCUUCACUAAAUCCACCGGCAGGACGGAAUCCAUCCUCAUUAUCGAAGCUUGCCAAAUCCCAGCUUACGCGACCGAAAGUGAAACCGGAAAACAUUACCCUUCCGACCGCCGCUGAUUCACCGUCAUCGUCAUCAUCUUCAUCGCAAACUGUCGCUAGCGCAUCAGGAUCGAAAACAUCAGGUGUUAUCGAUACGGUUCAAAACCCUUUGCCCUCUCCAGGACCAUUGCUUGGAAACACACGGUUAGUGGAGAGUGGAAAGUCGCCGCGUAAGAUUAACUCUAACCCUGACUCGAAUGAAGGAUCAUCAAAGCGGGCACGUGUGGGUACGGUUGAUCCGCCCACAUCCGAGGCGAUCGCGUCCGGUUCUGGUGCUAGUAACAAUCUACAGUUGUUUGGCGGUGAAGUCGAAGUUGUUGAACGCUCCCGUGAGGGGGAACUGAAGACAACGGACAGCGUAACGGGACCGAUGAAUGUGCAUCGUUAUGGCUCCGGUGGAACGUACAUGCAGUACAACAGCAGCGUGGACGUCGAGGACGACGAGUCUCAUCAACGAGAGCUUCAUUUCCGCCGCACGCUGCAUUCCGGUGGAACGUUAAUGGAGAUUGCAAAACCCACAGAAUCGCCUCCAACCGUUCGUCCGCGAUCAAACACGAUCGUAACCGUUGCACCGAAACCGGUAGUAGCACCACCAACACACUUCCAUUUUCCUCCCAUCAAUUCCAUUACGGCGUAUAACCCGCUAACGUUGCCAGCGGCUCCUGCUCCAGGCCAAGCAUCCCAGAUAGUGCACGGUGGAAAGCUGAUUCCAUUCGUUCAAGGUAUUCCCGGACCGAAUACACUUUCCUCCGCCAGCCCACAGAUGGAUCUGAUGCCUUCGACACGAACUAGCCAAAGUUGUACGAAUUCGCAAUCGCUUCUAACCAUCGUUGUGCCUGGGACUACCGUGCCAAGCAUCAAUGCCACUGGUCUGAACAUCGACGCUAGCUCGAUGCCACACUAUAAACCACACCAAAUAGGUAGUUCUUCUUUGCUGGCUACGGUUGGGUCUCGAGGCCCUUAUACUGUAGCAUCCGGUGAACAAAUGCCUCCCGUGGCCGUAGAACAGUCCAAGAAAACGGGAACACCGAAAAAUGGGCUCAACCGAUCGGAAAUUUGGUCACCGGCGAAACAACAGUCACUCGAUUUCAGCAGUCCUUCGCCUCCCGCCCCCAAGAAAAGCUUCAACUUCACCCGUAUGGCCGAUAAUAUAAGUCCCCGAAAGCGAGAGAUGACGCCUGUUUCGAAGCCGGACGAAGUGCGCCAUUUCCACUUCGAAACAGUGAUUGCCAAGUCGGAUAUUUUGAUUAAACCACCACCACCGCCUCCACCACCGGCCGUGUCUGCCUCUCAAGAUGGAAGUACUUCUUCGGCACAAGAUAAUGUAACAGCUCCACCAUCUAAACCGAAUCGAUUUCUGCGACCAAAUACGUUGCCACUAAAACCAGGAACGUUCACGCCGAAACGCCAUCACGGUAUUACGCCCACAAACAACACGAUGCCACUGAUCUCUCCCGAAACGCCGCGCCCAUCGAAGAGUUGUCGCGAACUUUACUUUAACGGGCACGCGUACACGAACAUCGGAUUGAAAUCGAGCACGAAACCGUUCUACUGUACUGUCAAUAAGACUCAGCCGUUCUAUUGCCAGACAUCGAAGCAACUCUCCAUGUACAGCAAUUGGCAGGUGCACCCGGAGAAUGAUCCGCAUCCGCUUGGGCUAAAGCAAGUGACGGUACUGUCACUGUACGACUCUAACCAACAUCGUGAUCGACGGUACGCAAUUGCCGGUUCCAAGACAAUCCCUCUGACUGUCGUUAACAGCAGUAGUAGUACCGGUUCCGGUAGUGGUAGAUACAGGGGAGAACCCACCUCCUCUGCAGCUCCGUCAUCCUCGUCAUCGUCGUCUUGCGAGUUUAAAGUUCGUGUAAGUCCGGUUGAGGUGAAAUCGAACGUACCUUGUCCACCGGCCUACGUGCUGGCAUCACUAGCAUCGCAACAACCGACCAACUCUAUGCCCCCUACGACGGUGUCUAGCAUCGGUGCUUUCGAUCAUCAGCGCCGCUCACUGUCGCCGUACAGCGAAAAGUCGAAACAGUCGGAAAUUCUCAUCGGUGGUGAUACUCGGCAUCCGUCACGCAGUGCCUCGGCAGAAAGAGCACUCUCCGGUGGUUUCGAGAGCACCGAAGAGUACACGUACGUGCGAGGACGAGGUCGCGGAAAGUACGUAUGCAACGAAUGUGGCAUACGGUGCAAGAAACCUUCGAUGCUAAAGAAGCAUAUCCGAACGCAUACUGACGUUCGACCGUACUCGUGCCAGUACUGCAGCUUCCACUUUAAAACGAAAGGAAACUUGACGAAGCACAUGAAGUCGAAGAGCCACUUUAAGAAGUGUAAGGAAUUGGGACUGAAUCCGGUACCUGUGCAUGUGGACGAUGAUGGUGCCGAUAUCGAUAUCGAAGGAGACCAACAGUCGAUUUCCAGCGAGCGAACAUCAACAAUCCCGGGCGACUCGGAUACUGCUACUGACACCGAUGGCGAUGACACUGAUGACAGUGAAGAACUUAAAAGUCGUUUACCGGAGCACGAGGCUGCCGAAGGAUUAUUAUCCCUUUCGAUGACGCGUCCAACGUCGGCUUGCAGCAGCACAGGGCAGCAACCUGGUGCUCCGGGAGCUGGCGGAGAGCCGGAAGCUGUCGCUGAAUACAUAACGCAACAUAUAAAUUCUUAUCUCACACCGGAACAACAACAGAGGCAUGGUUACAACACUGCUAGCUCUCCAAAGCUUCGUCCCCAAUCGCCAUCGAGUACAACGAAGACAGAGCCACCGAGGCGCAUCAUAACCUACGGCGGUGGACCAAAGGUGGAGUUUAACCUGCUGAAACACGAGCAGUACUAUUCCGAUCCGAAUGUGGGCAAACGGCGUCGUGACGGCGACCGACCGUUCCCCUCGGCUAGCGACGAAGCGGCUGCACAAGCCGGAGAUGCGGACGAUGAGGACGACACAGCGCGACCAAUUGAUCUGACGAAGAAAGCACGCCCACAAUCGGUGCAACCGAACGCGUCGGUACAGCACGGACCGUAUGACCGUGCACCACAGCAACCACUCGCCAUGGUAACGCCGUUACAAUCGCAGCCAGCUUCCAACAGUUGGCAUCAUCCGCCGGCGCAUGUUCGGUACGAUCGUGAACAGAUACUGCAACCGCAUCACGAGAACAACUGGCCUAAUCCCCAACAGCAACAGCAGCAGCAGCAGCAGCAGGUAAUUGUACGUGUAUCGGAUGUGCUAGCACCGAUAACUGGUGCGGCCAACCUGCUAACUACCCUUGUCUCAAACACGGACAAAAUUCCGCUAGUGACCGGUCCGUUCGAACCGACCGGCGGCGCUACACCCGGUGGUGCUGGUGUUGAUGAAAAUGCAUACUUCCACGAAUACCUGAAGGAGCGCGCUUUGCAGGACACGCGAAUCAAGCAAAGUCAGAUGAAACCCAACACCAGCAGUAGCAUUGCGAUGAGGGAGAGUCCGAUUCCGGAUCCGCUUUGUAAUCCUGUUGUUCGCGAAGUUGUAUCGCAGCGUCGCGAAGAAGAAGCCUACAGUCUUGCUGCCCGCGUGGCAGUUCCAAUCAUAGCCGCUAAAGCAACACCUCCGCCAGCAGUUAUUCCACCACCGGGCUUGGGAGCUACCAUACCACCCGUUUGUCCCGCGACGAUACCAGCUAAUGCAUCCUCCAACACUACCUGUUCGACAGCCACUGCGGUAGCAACGACAUCUACCGAGCGUGUUUAUCGAAUCUUCAGCGGCAAGAACGAACGACACCGGUCUUCACCGCUAGCGGUGGAACCCGCAGUAAAACGCGAGUCGAAAAGUCCUUCGGUAGGAGUGGAACUGGAGAAAGACAAAACAGUUGGCGAGAUUGUUCCGAACAGCGCUAAGCCCGCUACGAUCAGUUCUGUACGAAUGAUGGGCAACGAUUGUCCGCUGGUAUCGGAAAACGCAUCACCAAUGGACACGCUGGCCGAAAUCGCCGCAGGUUCACUGAAGCUCGAUGUGUCUCGCGCACAACCGGUGGUCGAAUCGGAAGCUGCUGCAACUUCCCGUCCUAGAUGCAACAGUACAAAUUCUUCGCACGCGAAAGCAGUCGUUCCUCCCGUGCCAGAAAGCGCCAAAACGUUGGCCUCCGAGUACCUGAAGCUGGCACAAGCGGUAACGAACGUUCGUAAGCGUACGGAAAGUGAGAGUGCAUUGGGUUCACUAGGCGCUGGUGUCGUAUCAACUGAGCAAGAGACACUUGCGGGAGGAUCGGAAGGGACGGCGGCUCAAGUACCCGCCGCAGUUUCGUCGGCCUCUCAACAACUACAGCAGUCUUCUUCGGGCGGAAAUCUUCCGGCUCCGGUGGCACCCGCUGUAGCGGCACCACAACCAGGCUCGGAGGUCGGUGCUGCCGGCAGUAUUGUGGCUCCUGCUCGUAAAGUGGUCGUGGUUGGGGAGGAAGGCUUCAAAACCACCGGUGUGCGUGGGAACGCGUCUGACUUUGUCGGUACACCGCCGAGUGCCUUCGCGUCAAUGCACCAGGAAGAUGGAGGACGUCCGGUUUGUGAGGUGUGCAACAAAAAAUUCCACAAACAGUCGCAGCUCAGCAUUCACAUGAACAUCCACUACAUGGAGCGAAAGUAUCGGUGUGAACCGUGUGGUACCAGUUUUCGAUCACAAGGGCUCUACCUAAAGCACGAACGGUCGGCAACGCACCGUAACAAAGUCUCGAUGACGACGACGUUUGGUGUAGCCACGGACAGCAACCCCCGACCGUUCUAUUGCCGUGACUGCGAGGUGGGCUUCCGCAUUCACGGCCAUCUGGCGAAACAUUUGCGCUCCAAGAUGCACGUCCUGAAGCUGGAGUGUCUGGGGAAGCUGCCGUUUGGAACAUACACCGAGAUUGAACGAUCCGGCACAAACCUCACUGAGAUCGAUACGUCAGAUUGUGAGAAUUCGCUGUCCAGUUUGAAGCGGCUUGCAACGCGCCUCAAUGUCAAGGAUCCUGCAAAGGUGCUACCUGGUGGAGGCAAUGGUACUCACAGUAGUAGUAGUAGCAGCAGCAGCAGUAGCAGCAGUUCUUCAAGUAGUUGUGGCGGUGCCGGCACUGCCGGAGGAACUAGCGGCAACGAAACUGAUAGCUGCGAGGACAACGAAGAGGACGCUUCCCAGCCACCGAUGACAGGGAUGAAUGGGAUGAAUGCUGAAGUUGUUGAUCGCGAUGAGGAUCAACAGCGGAACAUUAAUAACAACGUGAAGCGAAAAUCGGAUGAUGCAACGGGUUCCGACGAUACCGAAGCAAAGCGUGUCCGGUACGUGACCGAAUUGGAAGGAACUUCAGUGGCUCCUAACCAACCCGCAGCAGCACCGAAACAUUGCCUAUCGGUAGAAGGAGCUGCGAGCAGCAAUUGCUAG